AUGCUGACUACCGUAUUAUGUCCUCGAUGUGUACGGUUCGUCAAUCAUUUUUCAGUUUCGAUUUUACAAAUUCGUUUCAUUUCAACAACAAACGAGAAUUUACCAACAUCUUCAGAUAGUGAUAACAAUAUAAAUGAUAAUAUAAAUAGAAAUAUUUCACGUUUACCAGCUGAUGUCUAUCGACAUUUUAAAGGUUUACCACCACUUGAAAUUAAAGAGCAAUAUCAUACUCGAACAAAACUACGUGCACUCUGGGGUAAAUAUGGACGAAAAACAGGUAUAGAUCCAAAACUUUGUUGGCCAACACAAGAUGAAAUGGAUGAGAUCAUUGAUGAUGAACGUGUAUAUAAUAUGGAAUUAAGUGAGAAAAUAAAAAUAGUCAAAGAACGACGUGAAGCCAAACAAAAAGAAUUUGAUCAAAUUCAAGCUAAAGUCGAAAAAAAUCUCAAAAAUAUGCCAAAAAUGAUAGAUGAUUAUCGUAAACGAACAAUUGAACGUGAACGUGCUAAAAAAGCUGAAAUUAAAGUUAAAAACGAUUUAACUGAACAAGCACGUGAUUUUUAUGGAUUUUCAGUGGAUCCAGACGAUGAACGUAUGCAAUUUAUGUUAUUACAAUUAGAAGAAGCACAAAAAGCUGAAGAGAAAAAAGCACGUAAAGCAGCUAAAAAGUUAGAAGCACAUCAACAAUUACAAAAAUUGAUGGGCAUGGCAUCAACGAAAGAGAGUACAAGUGAAGAUGAUGCAGCAUCAACAAUUGAUCCAUUAGCACCAAUACCUGAAGCAAAAGAUAAAGAAACAGAUAUGAAAUUAUUUGCUAAACUUGUUUCUGAACGUAGUAAAUUAGCAAAAGCAGCAUCAAAAAUAGCUGAAGAACAAGCAGCUUCUCAGUUGAAAGGACAAAAGAAAAAAUAA